CCAUUAUCCACGCCAAACCAACCCAAACAAUCUACCCCAAAUGUCUCGCCAUCGACGCCAACCCUCCCAAGCUCUCCUCCCACGGGAGCUACUCAUCGAGGACGAGCCACCAAGAUCCACAGACUCGGCCAAGCUGGCAACCUCAGCCCUCCAUGGCCAUCACAACCCUACUCCUCCUCCCACCGCUGAGAGGUCCACGAAUCCAUCCACGGUUGAUCAGCAGCAAGAGUCUUCUGCAAACCAUUCCCCCGCCGCUGCAGACAACCCUCCUACUACUGCAAAAAAAUAGUCUUUCCAGCCUGAAUCCAAGUACUCCUAUAUGUUGUUGUAUUUCCUUUUAACUUUUUCUUUAAUUUGUGCUUUUGUUUUUGUGUUUGUAUGUAAGCCAGAAGGCCUUCCAUCGAUGUUGUUUGGGAGAAUGUAGCCAGUUUUCUAUGUGCGAAAAAUAAGCUCUUUGCUUUUUU